UUAGCCAAAAAAUAAACAGAGUCUCCAUUCUAGGGAGCACUAGAUUUAAAAGUUCAAUCCUUUUCAUCAAGAGUAAACAGAGUCUCGAUGUGUUAGAACGAAAAUGCAUCAAGCUUACAGUGGCAUUCCUUGCCUCAGUCUCACGGCACUUUCUGGGCAGGGUCGGUGGAAGAAUGCCAUACUCAUUUUUCUCACGUCACACAAACCUUCUUUCCACUCUUCUUCAAAUGCCCAAUUAUUGAAGGUUUGCAUCCACAAGAAUGCACUUUCAGAGGGUAAGCAAUUCUAUUCUCAGAUAAGUGAAAGGGGACAUCCAGUUGCCAAAAAUACAUUUUUGCAGAAUACACUUAUCAAUAUGUAUGACAAAUGUGGAAGAUUGGUGGAUGCUCGUCAAACUUUCGACAACAUGACUGAACCAAACAUGUUUUCGUGGAAUGCAAUAAUUGGCGCUUACACAAGGCAUGGCCCUCCUCAACAGGCAUUGACACUCUUUCAUGAAAUGCAAGCAACAGGUGCUCAGCCUGAUGAGUUCACGUUCGCCAUAAUUCUCCACCUAUGUGCCAACGCCGCAUCUCUGAAACAUGGUUUGCAGAUUCAUGGAACAAUAAUUAGACGUGGGUUUCAAUCUCCUCUUAUUGUGAUGAAUACUCUCAUACACAUGUACAUAAAAUAUGGAUGCAUACACCAGGCAAGCGAACUGUUUGACAAAAUGCCUGAACGAGAUGUAGUAUCAUGGACUUCCGUCGUUGCUGGAUAUACCCGAAUUGGGUUUGUUGAAAAAGCCUUGGAAAUUUUCAGGCAAAUGCUUUCAGUAGGUGUAAAGCCAAGCUUGGGAAGCUUUUCGAGCGUCCUACCAGCGGUGGCCAAAGUGGGAGCUUUGAAACAGGGUAUGGAGAUUCAUGGAAAAAUAAUUGAAAGCCUGUUUUUGUCAGAUGAUGUAGUUGUGACCGCACUUAUAGACAUGUAUGCGAAAUGUGGAAGCAUACAGAAAGCAAACAAACUGUUUGACACAAUAGGUCAACCGAAUGUAGUUUCAUGGACCGCAAUCAUGGCCGGAUGUUCACAAAGUGGGUUUGUUGACAGAGCUUUGGAUAUUUUCAAGAAAAUGCAACUAGCAGGCGUAAAACCAAACUUCGCAACAUUUGCUAGCAUACUUCCAGCUUGUGCCAGAAAAGGAGAUUUGGAACAGGGUAUGAAAAUCCAUCAAAAUGUAAUUAAAAACGGAUUUUUGUCGAACAUGGUUAUUAAUGCCUUGAUAGACAUGUAUGGGAAAUGUGGAAGCAUACAGCAGGCACAAGUAGUUUUUGACACAACGCGUCAACGGAAUGUGAUCUCAUGGAAUGCUAUGAUUGUAGGUUAUGUACAAAAUGGGAUGCUUGAUAAAGCCUUGGGAUUGUUUAAGCAAGUGGAAAUCACAGGUGUGAAGCCAGACUGCUCAACCUUUUCUAGCAUCCUUCCUGCAUGCGCCAAACUUGAAGCUUUGGAACAGGGUAUGGAAACCCAUCAAAAGGUAAUCAAGCGUGGAUUUUUAUCUGAUGUUGUACUCUUGACUGCCCUGAUAGAUAUGUAUGCUAAAUGUGGAAGCGUACAGAAAUCACACAUAUUGUUCAACAAAAUGCCUCAACGAAAUGUAGUCUCAUGGACUGCAAUCAUUGCAGGAUAUGCACAAAAUGGACUUGUUGAAAAAGCCUUGGAGAUUUUUAAGCAAAUGCUAUUUGUAGGGGUAAAACCAAACUUCCCAACCUUUGUCAGCAUCCUACCGGCUUGUGCCAAAAUGGGAGCUUUGGAACAUGGGAUGGAGAUCCAUCAAAAAAUAGUCGAAGGCGGGCUUUUGUCUUACGGUGUAGUUGCAACUGCCCUUAUAGACAUGUAUGCAAAAUGUGGCAGCAUACACAAGGCACGAGGAUUGUUUGACAAAAUGGAUUAUCCUGAUGUUGCCACAUGGAAUGCUCUGAUUGCAGGAUAUGCAAUGCACGGCUAUAGCAGGGAUGCCCUGAAACUUUUUGAACUAAUGGAGCACUUUGGAACCAAUCCUGACAUCGUAAGCUUCAUUUGUGUUUUAUAUGCAUGCAGUCAUGCAGGUGCAGUGGACAAUGGGUGUCAAUAUUUCCACAACAUGAGGAACUUCUAUGGCAUCGAACCCACAGUCGAUCAUUAUGUGUGCAUGGUUGACCUUCUUGCCCGCGCUGGCUAUCUUGAGAAAACCCUAAAUUUUAUCACCAAAAUGCCAAUAACACCUGAUGCAGCCAUAUGGAUAUGUUUGCUUGGCGCUUGUAGAUCGUAUAACAACAUAGCUCUAGGAGAAUUUGUGGCAAGACUCCUUUUUGAUUUGGAUCCUAAAAAUACUGCGCCUUAUGUUCUUCUGUCGAAUAUCUAUGCAGAAGUGGGUAGGCAGGGUGACGCACAAAAGGUAAGGAAAUUGAUGAGAGAUAGAGGAAUUAGUAAGGUACCAGGAUGUAGUUGGAUUGAAGUGCAUAAAAUGAUGCAUGCCUUUUGUGUGGGAGACAGAUCACACCCGCAAACAGAGGAAAUCUAUGCAGAGUUGGAGAAAUUGUCUUGGGAAAUGAAGGCAGAAGGGUAUAAUCCGGAUACAGCACCUGUAGUGAAUGAUGUUGAGGAAGAGGAGAAGAAAUUACUUGUCUGCCACCACAGUGAGAAGUUGGCAAUUGCAUUUGGGUUGCUAAACACAUCCCCUGGAACGACUAUUAGAGUUGCCAAGAACCUUCGUGUGUGUAGGGACUGCCACACUGCAACCAAGCUUAUCUCCAAGAUUGUUGCAAGAGAAAUUGUUGUGAGAGAUGCAAACCGUUUCCAUCAUUUCAAACAUGGACAAUGCUCUUGUGGGGAUUAUUGGUGAUGGCAAAGGAAGAAAGUAGAGUCUUGCACCAUAACAAGGUGUAUGGUAUCAGACUUUCAGUAAUAAGAAGGAUUCAGUUGAUUCAGUUCUGGAAAUGGAGAUUCUUUUCUGAAAGGAUUCCAACUGAAUCAACUGAAAGGAUUCACAUUGUGUACUCUUUAGGAGGUAUCAAACAAAAUGGUUGAUCCUUGGGUGGAGGGAAAUACCUUUCAAGAUGCCGUUUUAAAACAAAUCUAGAUUUUUCAAUGAAUUUCUAGUGUACGUUAAAUCAUGACAAGGAAUGUACACACUGUAAUUAGAGGGGCAAACAUUCAUCGCCCUUUUAGGUAUAUAUGGUAUGUCAUCCCUAAAAGUAAAACCCACCUUGUUAGUAAACCACUACUUACCAGUUGAGAUUGACAGAUCUUGCAUAUAGAUUACCUGCUUGAUUCCAAAUAAUGAGCCAGAAUAGAAAAGGCUAUGAUAGCUUAACUGGUUAAAAGAAACCCAUCAGUGACAAAUAUAGUUUCCCUUCUAUUAUGCUUUGAUGGAUGACCAUAUUCCAAAAACUCCCCUUUUGGUACUGGCAAGAAGGAUGCUGGCGAAGAUUUCGCUAUCAUUGCAUACUGUCAGAUGACAUCUCAUUGAGACUUUUUAUCAAACAGUUCAUGUGUCUAGUCUUGUGAGUCGGCAUUUUGCGUACAUGUCUACCAGGGCAUUUCCAACUAUGAUGUUUGGCAACACUCUCCCUUCUGUUAUGGCUUGAUGAAUGGCGAUAUAUUGUUUAAAAACACCAUUCAACAGGGCGCGAGAAUAAUUGGUUCAAGAACUUUUUCAACAGAUCCAUUUUACACAUAUUAUGACAUUCCAUGGAAAUGCGUUACUUCGAGGUAAUUUGUCAAAUAGUUCAUGCCCUAUAUAUGCUGCUUCAAAACUCCCAUUUCUCUGCAAGCGUCGAAGGGGAAUACUGGCAAGGCUGUGAAGUUGCAAUGUUUUUUCAUUUCGCUUUGUGUGUCGGAGAUUCGGAAAGUUCUUGAACUGUUGAACUACUUGAAAAGUUCAACAAAGUGAAGUCUCCGGGUUUAAGAGUUCAAAGAAGCAGGACAAUUCUGACAAAGAUGCAUUUCAGGAAUUUGAAGGCUUAAUGAACUAAAAAAGCUCUAGCAAAAGUGUGUUUCGGGAUUUUUAUGAGUUCUUGAACUUAUAAAGGUGUCGAUAAAGAUUAGUGUCAGGGGUUUGGUAGGUUCUUGACUCCAUUAUCUCUGAUAUUGAUGUGAAGCAUUUACAGCCCCCUUCCACAGUUAGUUAAGGACGCAGCUAUUCUGGUUUCAAAAUAACGCAGUCAUACAUCGUGUUAUUGACCGCUUGGAAAUUUGUAGCUAUAUUAAAAACAAUCAACGAUGUGUAAUGUGAGUCUAACUUUCGUGUUAUGCACGUUCCAUGCAAACGUACUGUUUUUUGGAACCAGUUUAACUUCUGCUGUUAAUUAAGGGGUAGUUC